AUGGCCGACGAGAAGACCUUCCGCAUCGGCUUCAUUGUGCUGGGGCUCUUCCUGCUGGCCCUCGGCACGUUCCUCAUGAGCCACGACCGGCCCCAGGUCUACGGCACCUUCUACGCCAUGGGCUGCGUCAUGGUGAUCGGGGGCGUCAUCUGGAGCAUGUGCCAAUGCUACCCCAAGAUCACCUUCAUACCUGCUGACUCUGACUUCCAAGGCAUCCUAGCCCCAAAGGCGCUGGGCCUGCUGGAGAAUGGGCUUGCUGCUGAGAUGAAGAGCCCCCAGCCCCCAUAUGUCAGGCUGUGGGAGGAAGCCGCCUAUGACCAGAGCCUGCCCGACUUCAGCCACAUCCAGAUGAAGGUCAUGGGCUACUGCGAGGACCCUCGCCCGCUGCUGGCCCCCCAGCUGGGACAGCCCCAGCUGGGAGCCAGUGAUGGAGGAGAAGGUGGCCUCCAUGAUGCUCAGGGCUGGAUGGAGGCUGCGGUGGUCAUCCACAGGGCCUCAGAUGAGGACGAGGGAGAAAGCAACCCAACUCCAAGCAGGCCUGGCCUCCAGGCCUGUCCCCAGGGACCUGCACCCUUGGCUUCCUUCCAAGAUGAGCUGGACGUGGGCUCCGAGGAGGGCAGCAGCCCCAACCCCUCUCCCCUGGAGGGGGAGGAGCCUCACUGCCCGCCUCGGGAGCCCCGGGCUUGCAAGUGCCAGCUGGACCGCUUCCAUGACUUUGCCCUGAUCGACACCCCCACGGCAGAGGGUGCGUCUCCAGGGGGCCAGCGGCGGGACACUGCCCUGUCCAGCUACUGGCAGCCAUCCCGGCGGAUGAAAGAGGAGGAAGAGAAGGCUUCAGACCCAGGUUCAGAGCAGUCAGAGUGGGAAGAGGAAGACUUGUACUAUGGGCUGCCGGACAGCCCUGGGGACCCCCUCCCGGACAAGGAACUGGGCUUUGAGCCCGAUGCCCAGGCCUGA